CUGUUAGGGGAUGUCCGGGGUUGCAUUUUUGUGUCUUUCCAAUGCAUUAAGAUAUUGUUGUGUAAAGCUCUUCCCCUGUCCUUCACAGCACCUCCAAACAACAUAUCGGUGGUGGCAGAGAACACUCCAGCCCCCUUCAGUCGAUACCAAGCCCAGAAUUUCACUCUGGUCUGCACUGCAAAGGGAGGGAAACCAGCCCCAUCGGUGUACUUUAAGCGCGACGGCGAGCUGAUAGAGGUCAUUUCCUACACUCAGCCGUCCAGUGGCGAGCAGGGAGGGGGCUCAGCGGGGGUGAGGGGGGCCAGGCCGCUCCUCAGCAGGGACCUGGACGAAACCAAGCUGCAGCGGUCCCUCUCCCUGCUGGACCCCGAGGGGCGGUCGGCCCGCCUGUACACGGAGAGCCCCAAGCGCGUCCACACCCAGGGCCAGCAGGCCCACGAGCCCAGCCCCGCCACCGAGGUCAUCCCGGAGACGGUGGUGAGCCGGGAGUUCCCCCGCUGGGUGCACAGCACGGACCCUUUGUACUACUUCAGCCACGCGCACCUACCGCAGAGCGACGGCUCGGUGGUGGUGCAGGCCCGGCUCACCUGGACCCUCAACCCCCAGCUGGACAACGACGCCCUGUUCAGCUGCGAGAGUACAGUGCACCUCACCAUGUGCUUAAGCUCUGCUCCUAAGGGGCCUAAACUCUUGAUGACCCCCAGUAGGGCAAAAGUAGGAGACACAGUACGAAUCACUGUGCAAGGAUUCCAGGUAGGAUCACCCGGGAAUGAGGUUUUCCCUGAGCCGCUCUUCACCUGGACGCGGGUGGGAGGCCGCCUGUUGGACGGCAGCGCUGAGCGAGAGGGGAGGGAGCUGAUUCUGGAGAGGGUGCCGGCGGAACUGAACGGCUCCAUGUAUCGCUGCACAGCCCAGAAUCCUCUGGGUUCCACAGACACUCACACUCGCCUCAUAGUGUUUGGUAUGUACACUUACUGUGUCAUCGGCUUCGUGCCUAGUAUGGCCCAUCUGUCUGUCUGCUCCUUGUAG